GCCGCUAGGAGCCAGGAGGCAGCGUCACUGGUCCGGACCUUGUCGUGACCGCCCAGCAGUCACCCCUCCCGCGCCCCCCCCUCCACUGCUUGUUCGAGCGGCGUGUUUACUUCUGGUACCCGGGUCCCCUCCUCUGUGUCAUCUCCCUGCAUUCUAGUCCUCUAGUCUCCAUGGAGCAGCUGCUGCGCGCCGAGCUGCGCACCAAGACACUGCGGGCCUUUGGGAGCUCCGGGGCCGGCUGCAUCAGCGAAGGCCGAGCCUACGAGACCGACGCUGGUCCGGUGUUUGUCAAGGUCAACCGCAGGACGCAGGCCCGGCAGAUGUUUGAGGGAGAGAUGGCAAGCCUGGAGGCCCUCCGCAGCACUGGCUUGGUGCGGGUACCUAAGCCCAUGAAGGUGAUUGACCUGCCAGGAGGUGGGGCUGCCUUCGUGAUGGAAUAUUUGAAGAUGAAGAGCCUGAGCAGUCAGGCAUCAAAGCUCGGGGACCAGAUGGCAGAUUUGCACCUUUACAACCAGAAGCUCAGGGAGAGGGCCAAGGCCCGGGAGAACACAGUGGGCUGUGGGGCCGAGGGUGCAGAGCCCCAGGGUGUGACCAAGUUCGGCUUCAACACAGUGACGUGCUGCGGCUUCAUCCCACAGGUGAAUGAAUGGCAGGAUGACUGGCCAACCUUUUUCACGCAACACCGGCUCCAAGCACAGCUGAACCUCAUUGAAAAGGACUAUGCUGACCGAGAGACGCAAGAACUAUGGUCAAGACUACAGGUGAAGAUCCCGGACCUGUUCUCUGGUGUAGAGAUUGUCCCUGCCCUGCUCCAUGGAGACCUCUGGUCUGGCAAUGUGGCUGAGGAUGACCAGGGGCCCAUUAUUUACGAUCCAGCUUCCUUCUAUGGCCAUUCUGAGUUUGAACUGGCAAUCGCACUGAUGUUUGGGGGCUUCCCCAGAUCCUUCUUCACUGCCUACCACCAGAAGAUCCCCAAGGCUCCAGGGUUUGACAAGCGCCUGCUGCUGUAUCAGCUCUUCAACUACCUAAACCACUGGAACCACUUUGGGAGGGAGUACAGAAGCCCAUCCUUGGGCGUGAUGAGGAAGCUGCUCAGGUAGCAAAGGGCUGAGACCCAAUAAAAAGUCAAAUCAGGA